AUGGUUGACACUAGGAUUCAACUCUUUCUGCAGCAAGCAGAGACCAAAAAAGGUCACCUCACUUGGACUGUUAGUGAAGGUUUUUUUAUUGCCAUCUUAUUCUUGGUCCUCCACAUUGACCAGGGAGUUUACAAUGGGGAGGAAAUUGCAGUGAAAUUGCUUCACGAGAUAAUUGGAGCUGACGAGAGUCAAUUUGAGAAUGAGUUUAGUAAUCUUUUGAGUAUCAAUCAUCCACAUAUUGUAAAGUUAAUUGGUUAUUGUUAUGAAAUGCAUAAAGAACAUGUUGAAUACAAUGGCAAACCACGAUUCUCUCAGCGCACAUACAGAGCUAUCUGCUUAGAAUACUUGCAGGGUGGAAGCCUAGACAGGUAUCUAACAGAAUCUGACCAAGUGGAUAUCUGCAUUACAAUAGCAAUGAAAUGUGUUGAUGGUGAAAGAAACAAUAGGCCUACUGUAGCAGAGAUCGUGCAUAUCCUCAAGGAUACUGAAAAAAGGUUUCUGGAGGAAUCCAUCAAUCACACACAAUUUCUCAUGGAUCAGAGUUUGUCCAGUGACAUCAUUAAGAGUGGACUAGUUGGUGGAAAAGCAGGAUUAAUCGGUGCGUUCUCGUUUUCGUACAUUGACAAAGCUGGAAAACAACAAACCGUUGGCCCUUGGGGCGCAGGAUACAGUCACCCGCAAGAAAAAACCGAAACGAUCCUUUUUGAGCCAUCAGAGUUUGUGGAAGAGGUAUCUGGGUUUUACGGGAUUCAUUUUGACAACAUUCUUAUGAUGUCACUUAAGUUCGUCACCAACAUCAGAACCUACGGACCUUUCGGAAAUCCGUAUCAUCAAGAUGUGCCAUCAACCCCUUUCAGCUUCAGGGCUGCAGAGGACAGUAGCAUAGUGGGAUUCCAUGGUAGAUCUGGACAACGCCUCUAUUCAAUUGGAGUAUACAUGACCCAGUGCCCCAGCAAUAUGAAGAUACGUCGGCCCCUCCCAAUGCCAGGACAGAUCUUGCCCACUCCCACGAAAACCGGACCAUGGGGUGGAAGUGCAGGUAUAGCCCGUGACAUCAACGAAAAGCCCUGGCGUCUGGAGAGCCUAACGAUUAGCUACUUGGGCCUGAUCGACGCAUUCUCAUUUUCAUACACUGACCAAGCUGGGAAGAAACACAGCAUUGGUCCCUGGGGCGAAGGAUACCAUCACGACAAAAUUGAAACGAUCCGCUUUGACAUUUCUGAGUUCGUGGAAGAAGUAUCGGGAGCAUAUGGGAGUCAUUCUGGGAAUGUUCUUGUGACGAGUCUUACUUUUGUCACCAAUAUCAGAACCUAUGGUCCUUUUGGAAAUGCACAUCAUCAAAAUGUGCCAGCAACACCUUUCAGGUUCAAAGCUGAUAAGGAUAGCAGGAUCGUGGGGUUCCACGGUAGAUCUGGCAAACAUCUCUACUCGAUUGGUGUUUAUACUGUCUAA